UCAAAUUUGGUAAUUUAUAAAAUUUAUUUCGUGGUGUUGAAAGUAGGGGAACUGUUAGUAACAGUUUAAUUGUGUAAACUCCACUUUUUAUUAGCAAAAUGUCAUCUCAUCUCAGCACUAAGGACAGAUUGCUCUCUUUGAUCGAUGAUAUUGAAUUAAUCGCAAAGGAAAUUAUCGAAGUAUCGAUAGCACCCAAAUCCCAGAAACUGUCAGCAGCCGAUCAUGCACAGCUAACAGACUUACUUCUAGCCAAAGACGUUGAACUCAAAAAGACGUUGGAUUUAGCUGAUGAACAAGCUAAAAUUCAGCAGAAGAUGAAUGAGCUCAAGGCUGAAGUAGAUAACAAGGAUCAAGAUAUUUACCACUUACAAAGACAACUUAAAGAUGCAGAGCAGAUUCUAGCUACCUCUUUAUAUCAAGCUCGACAAAAACUAGCAUCUAUAGUCAAGUCUAGAAAACGACCUGUGCCAUCAGAGGAACUGAUCAAGUUUGCUCACAGGAUAAGUGCUUCAAAUGCAGUCAGUGCACCUCUGUCCUGGCAACCUGGAGACCCGCGCCGGCCGUAUCCCACAGACCUUGAGAUGAGGCUGGGAAUGCUCGGUCGCCUCUGUGACCUGCCACUCAAUGGACACACACCAUCAACACUGAAUGAUUUACACCGAAUUACUACAGGAGGAGUUCCAGCGACUGCAAGCAACCAGUUCACGUGGCACCCCUCGGGCGAGCUGCACAUGUCCGUGGGCGGCGGGAACUCCGUGGCCAUCGACGCGCGGGGCAAGGACGCACCAGCCCAGGAAGAUGUCGAGGUCAUGUCCACGGACUCGAGCUCCAGUUCCAGUAGUGACUCACAAUGAAAACGAGCGCGAUUGUGAACUAAUACAGUAUUAGUCAUGAUUCAAUUUCUUUAUGUGACAAUGGAAGUUUAAUUAUUCUACUGAGUUGAACGGAUUUGCAGUGUUUGAAAGACUGUUACUUAGUACUUUUAUAUUGUUUAGAGAUAUUUACUGUACCUAAUAGUGAUCUUGUUAGUGUAUGGUAUUUUACAUUGUUUAGUUUUUAAGAUUUAGUGCAUUAAAGUGUAUCGAUUUCAUGUCAAACCCGCACGGUCCAUAAUAAAAUAAGCAUCAAAAUAUUACAAUUAUAUUAAACUAAACAUCUGAUGGAUACUGAUAAAUAUUAUAGGAUUUUAGCGAGUUUGACAUGCGAUAAAAACAAUAUCUCAAAAAUAAAGCAAUUAAAAUUA